AUAAAGUCAUAUUUUUCCCAUUUGUUUUGUUCUUUUGCAAAGCCGUCAGGUUGGCCGACGAGAAUAAGAGUCAUGUCUAAAAGACGGCAUAAGUGGGCAAUUGAAUUUGUCUCUUCUGGAAGGGGGCGGAGUGAUCGUGCUGUUGUUGCGUCAUCUGAAAGCCUUCCAAACCCCGUGGGAUUUGUGGAUGCAUCUACAGCAGCUGAAAGAGUCAGAGAAGCAGACCCAACUUUGAUAAUAAAAAGAUCAUGGGACAUUGCGUUGGGCCCUAUCAAACAAGUGCCAAUGAAUAUGUUCAUCAUGUGGAUGGCUGGAAGCUCUAUAUCUAUCUUUCCCAUCAUGAUGGUGGGUAUGAUGUUCUUCAGACCCAUCCAGGCCAUGCUCUCAAUUCAAAAUACAUUCAAAAGUAUUGAAGGAGACCAGGCCCCGUUCCAGAAGUUGGUGUACUGCAUAGGCAACAUGCUGUGCUUGGCCAUGGCAGUGUACAAGUGUCAGACCAUGGGACUCCUGCCCACACAUGCUUCAGACUGGCUUGCAUUUGUCCAGCCACAACAGAGAAUGGAGUGGUCUGGCGGUGGCAUGAUCUUGUAAAGAGGCAAACAUUUUUUGCAAGAUGAGUUUUGUCAAGUUUAAGUAACUUUUUUCAUGGGUCUGUUGACGUUCUCUGAAGUGUUUUAUCAUAUUUAAUGAUAAUUUUAGGUGUAAGUACUUUUAUAUUUCGAUGCACUGAACAGAGACUUCAGCACAAUUAGGUUUAUCUUUUGUUUUAGACCGGCAUAGGGAUGGGAGGUUGAUUUGUGCACAAUUAAUGUCCAUAUAGGGCCUACAUGUAGUUUAGGGCAAAUAUACAUUAUGAAUGAAGUGAACUUUGCUCAAGUGAAGUAUGUUUAAACGACUGUGCCAUAGUAAAAGUUUUACUAUGUGAACUUAAAUUGCCCAACCCCACUUUAAUUUCUCGUUUUCUUUUUUUUAUAUUUCAUCAUAUUGAUUGAGAAAGGGGAAAAGAGUAUGCAUUGUGCUACAACUUUUUAGCUACAUUGAUUGGUACUAUGGUUGAACAUACAGAUUACUUUUAUGCUUUAUCUUCUAUCUGUAAUUAUUCAGACUUCUUGACACUGAGUCAAGUGUAUGUUUGUAUUUGUCAAUGUUAAUUUUUACCCAAGUACAUGUUUCUUGUCAACAUUUUUCUUGAAAUGAGUUGAUGUUCUAGAAUCUUUCGCAUUUUCUCUUUUUAUUACCAUCUGUCUUAUGUGUCACUUUUAUUAUCAAAUUAAAGAUAUUAAACUGAAACUGCA